GUAAGUUCUGGCAAGAUUAGUCACACUCACGGAGUGAAAAUUUUGACCAGCCAUGAAUUUUUCAACUUUUUAACAUUUAGAAAAUUAACUGAAGGAAAUUUACAUUUUUUAAAUUGAAGCAGCUUCCCCGUCAUGGAUGUGGUGGUUUUUUGGGAUGGGUUAAAAAAUGUUGUGUCCACUGCAGAUUUGAAGUUUGAUGGUGUCCUGCGGAGAGGGUCAUCAGUUACCAUGCUGUGGAAUGAUGGCGAGUGGAAGGGUACCAUCAUCGAUAUGGAGGAGUCACCUCCCAACUCUAACACUGAGACUGACGAUGAUGAUGAAAUUCCGCUAUCGCAGUAUUUGUCGUCCAGACUCAAUGGUGGACCAAUACCCUUGGACAAGAUGUCUGGAAAUGACGUUCUUGAAGGGCCAGCAGUUUGUGGGGAAUUCCAGUGCAAAGAUGAAGU